UCCGCGUUGAUGGUUAAAUAUUACCUAUUUAUCUACAAUAAACUUGUUGUCAUGGUAAAAAAACAAUAUCUGAUCAAAGUAAGCUAUUAAUAAAAUUUGUAAACGCUUCGUUGACGGAUAAAUUAUUUAGAACGUAAGUACGUGUUUUAUGUAUUUUAAAACAGCGACAGUUUAAACUUAUCUAACUGCUUUAUCAUUUUCAACAUGCUUAGAGUAAUUCCCAAGUAUGGCGCAUUAAGUUGGAUAUUACAAGCCCGAGGGAAUGCUUUUUCUUCCGUGUCAUCAUGUUAUUUAGCUGUGUCUUCAAUACCUUAUUCGACUACACCCGACAGAGAUAGUCAUCCAACAUCAAGUAUGCCUUGCCAACCAGGUGAACUACGAGCAGAUCAACUAUUAUCGAAAUUAUGGAGGCAAAGCAAUAUACGAACGAAGAUGAAUUUCCGCUAUGCUGUGAAAGAUGACAUCAAGUACCUAGUUAAAAUGACCCAAGAGUAUAAUUGGUGGUAUUCUGAAUUUGAGUACAAUAUUCUACUUGAUCUUGACCCUUGCUCACUGACUGUUGCGACAAACAAAUGUAACAUACCCAUUGGUUUUAUGGGAAUCUGUAGAAUUUUGCCAGAAAUCACGUACAAUGGACCUUUUAUCGUAAGAAAAGAUUAUCGAGGUUCAGGUAUUGGAAAAAUAUUCAACAAAGCUAUGGUACUUCUUCAAACAGACAGCAAUGGGUGCAUGGAUCUUGACCAUAAUUUUGUUGAUCACUAUAGUAAAAAAGGAUUUAUCUAUAAAUCAUACAAGUUUAAUUGUUUUCAAGGGAUAGUGAAUGAUAACUGCAGGAGUAAAUCUAAAGCACAAGGAACAUGUAACAUUGCGAUAAUAUCCAAUAAUGAAUUACCAUUAGUUUUAGAGUAUGAUAGGAGCGUCUAUAAAGGCUUGGAUAGAGAAAGGAUUCUUCGGGCUUGCCUUUUUGAUGAAAAUGUGGUAAGUGUUAUAUCUCUCUGUGACGGACAAACAACAGGCUAUGGAAGUUUAAUCAAAUGUGCUAAAACAAACAAAUAUAGUAUCGCUUCUUUAUUUGCUGAUGAUGACUUUGUCGUUGAAGAAAUCCUUGAACAAAUGCUUAAAGUUGUUCCAAACGGUGCAAAUCUGACAAUACAGUUAAUGGCUGAUAAACAGUUAUCUGAACGAUUUUCUCAAUUUAAAUUCAGUUUUCAGAUGCAAAGAGUUUUUAACAAACACCUAGUUGAAGCGGAUUUAAAACGUAUGUACUUUGUAAAUGAUUUCAUGUUUUAGAUGUAAUUAUUUUAUGCAUAUUGCCAGUUUAUCGUGUAUUUGAGAAUUAAUUAUCACGUAACUUGAUAAUAUUUUACUAUUUUUGUGUUGAUAAAACAAGUUUACAGAUUAACACUGAGUCAAUCUAACCGAGACUGUGUUCAAUAUUCAUCUACAUGUAUUUGUUGUUUUUUUGUCUUCAUUGCUUCGACUUAUCUCCCUUUUGCAGAAUAUUUAUAUAAAAGCCGGUGCCAGGGGUCAUGAGAGAUGUUGCACUUUCCAUAAGCUCUUAUAAACAAACUCAGUAACACCGUUUCAACUAUUUUAGGUUUUCGAGUGAGUUAUCUCCCCUUUCUUUAUUUUUUAUUAAAUAAAUUAAACGGAUUUCUUUACUAUUUUCGAAACAACAAGCGUAUCAUUGCAAAUAAUAUAAAUUAGUCUACUUGAUCGAGCCAAGAAAAAACAAACAACUAGUCUAACCACAUCAAAGUGAAUCAAACGUUUUUCAUUUGUCUUUUAAGAUAAAUUAAUAUAAACUUGUACGAUACAUGUUCAUCGAUGCUUAAAAAUUAUGAAGUGAUGUGUAUUUAUGAGUUUACAACCUUUUGAAAUAUGUUAUUACUUUUAAAGUAUUUAUCUCACAACAUGUACAUCCGUUUUAUAUUCAUAAA